CCGGCAGUGGUCCCGACGAGGAGGUCGGAGCUUUUCCGCUUUCCUUUCGCGGAGCGACUAACCAGCCAUGGUUCUCACUAGUUUGAGCAAGAUGACGGGACUUCAGAAAAAGACAGCCUGUAUCAGGAAUAUAUGUAUACUAGCUCAUGUGGAUCACGGUAAGACAACUUUAGCUGAUUGUCUGAUUUCUAGCAAUGGAAUAAUCUCUAGUAGGCUGGCGGGAAAGCUGAGAUAUUUGGACAGCAGAGAGGAUGAGCAGAUUCGAGGAAUUACAAUGAAAUCCAGUGCAAUUACGCUGCUGUUUGGGAAAGAUGAUCAGGAGUAUCUUAUCAACCUAAUAGAUUCCCCUGGCCAUGUGGAUUUCUCUUCUGAAGUGUCUACAGCUGUCAGACUCUGUGAUGGCUGCAUUGUUGUGGUAGAUGCUGUGGAAGGAGUCUGUUCACAGACACAUGCAGUUUUACGACAGGCCUGGCUAGAAAACAUUCGCCCAGUCUUAGUGAUUAAUAAACUAGAUCGGCUCAUAAUGGAACUCAAGUUCACACCCCAGGAGGCCUAUUCUCACCUGAAGAACAUCCUGGAACAGGUGAAUGCCAUCACUGCGACUCUCUUCACUUCUAAAGUGCUUGAAGAAAGGGCUGAGAAGGAUAUGGAAACUCAGUUGACUUCUGAUUCUGCUCUUAGAGACCAAGUAUACGACUGGAGUGCGGGUUUGGAAUGUACCGACGAUUCGCACCUUUACUUUUCUCCAGAUCAGGGAAACGUGGUAUUUGCCAGUGCAAUUGAUGGCUGGGGCUUUGGCAUUGAGCAUUUUGCAAAGCUGUAUAGCCAGAAGAUUGGAAUCAAGCAAUCAGUAUUGCUGAAGACUUUGUGGGGAGACUAUUACUUGAAUACGAAGGCCAAGAAGAUUAUGAAAAGCGACCAGUCAAAAGGGAAGAAGCCUCUGUUUGUGCAGCUGGUGCUGGACAAUAUAUGGAGCCUCUAUGAAGCUGUUACGAAAAAAGAUAAGGAAAAAAUAGAUAAAAUAGUUUCCUCACUGGGACUGAAAAUUGGUGCUCGUGAAUCACGCCACACAGAUCCAAAAGUUCAGCUUAAUGCCAUUUGUAGUCAGUGGCUGCCAAUAUCCCAGGCUGUUCUCUCGAUGGUCUGUAAGAAACUUCCUAGUCCUCUUGAUAUCACUGUGGAGAGAGUGGAAAAGCUGAUGUCUGUUGGAGCGAAAGCGUUUGAUUUUUUUCCACAAGAAACUCAGGAUCUGAAAGACGUGUUUAUGAAAUGCAGCAGUGAAGAAACUGCCCCGGUCAUUGUCUUUGUGUCCAAAAUGUUUGCAGUUGACGCUAAGACAUUGCCACAGAACAAGCCAAGGCCUCUGUCACAAGAAGAAAUUGCCCACAGACGUGAACUUGUAAGGCAGCGGCAUGCUGAAAAGUUGGCUGCUACUCAGAGGCCAGAGUUGGCGCAGCCAGAUGCUGGAGGAAGCCCAAUGGACCAAAGUAUAAAGGCAGGAGGGAUGAAAGAGGAUGAUCAGCCACCUGUUAAUCAAAUGGAGACCUUGACUAUGGCAACUGUGAAGCAGGAAGCUGAAAUCAAGGAGGUUUUUGUUGCUUUUGCAAGGGUGUUCAGUGGAGUUGUGAAGAAGGGGCAAAAACUCUUCGUUCUUGGGCCAAAAUAUGAUCCCGCUGAAUCAUUGCACAAGCUGCCUUCAGGGUGUUCUGCUACCGAUGACCUGCCACCAGUGCCUCAUUUGGCUUGUUGCACAUUAGAAGAUCUUUACUUACUGAUGGGAAGAGAACUGGAGCAGCUGGAAGAGGUGCCUUCAGGAAACGUGUUAGGAAUAGGAGGGCUGCAAGAGUUCGUACUGAAGUCAGCAACACUGUGCUCGUCACCAGCUUGUCCGCCAUUUACUCCUCUCAACUUUGAAGCCACACCAAUUGUGCGGGUUGCCAUUGAGCCAAAACAUCCAAGUGAAAUGCCUCAGCUGGUCAAAGGUAUGAAGCUUUUAAACCAGGCUGAUCCUUGUGUGCAAGUUUUAAUUCAAGAGACUGGAGAGCACGUGUUAAUAACGGCAGGAGAAGUUCACCUUCAGCGUUGUUUGGAUGACUUGAAAGAGAGGUUUGCCAGGGUAGAGAUCAGCGUAUCCAAACCAAUUAUUCCAUUCAGAGAAACAAUCACGAGGCCCCCCAAAGUUGACAUGGUGAAUGAAGAAAUAGGAAAGCAGCAGAAAGUGGCUGUCAUACACCAGAGUAAGGAGGAGCAGAACAAAAUCCCCGAAGGUGUGCAGGUUGGCGUGGAUGGGCUUGUGACCAUGUCGACAGCAAACAAAUACGCUACUCUGAGUGUUGGAGCAAUGCCACUUCCUGAGGAGUUUACUCAGCUUCUGGAGGAAAAUUGUGACUUAAUUCGAACCAUGGAGCAGUUCACUUCUUCUUUGAAUGAAGAUAAAAAAACCCUGGAGAUUAAUCAGAAGACCCUUGACCAGAUUCGAGAGUUCAAACAGAAACUGGAGCAAAAACUGCAAGGUAGAAAAUGGAGAAAUGCCGUUGAUUGCAUCUGGUCCUUUGGCCCCCGAAAAUGUGGGCCAAACAUUUUAUUGAACAGAUUUGAAGGCUAUGAGAGAUCUGUGUGGCAAUGCUUGGAUAAGGGGGUGAAAGAAGCAAGCCUGUAUCGGGACUUCGACAAUAGCAUAGUGAGCGGGUUUCAGUUGGCUACGCUUUCUGGGCCAAUGUGUGAAGAGCCACUGAUGGGCGUCUGCUUUUCAGUGGAGAAAUGGGACAUGAGCAGAUUUGUGGAGCAAAUGUCCGUGAACAGGCAGGAUUUGGAGGAAAAGGCUGCAGGAGAGACACUGGUGACAGAGGAAGCCGCUCCUGUAUCAACAGGCAGAGACUCUAAAUUGUCUUCAGAAAGUAAUGAAAUCCAAGAGAGCGACCAGCAACCUUUCAAACUACCUAGUAAACGUAAAGGAGGAGAGACUGUGCUUGCCGAUUGCUAUGGCCCAUUCUCUGGACAGCUGAUGGCUACCAUGAAGGAAGCAUGCCGUUAUGCCAUGCAGGUGAAGCCACAGAGGCUUAUGGCCGCCAUGUACACCUGUGAGAUUAUGGCCACGGCCGAGGUACUAGGCCGUGUCUACGCUGUCCUGUCCAAGAGAGAAGGCCGGGUAUUGCAGGAAGAGAUGAAAGAAGGGACGGACAUGUUUAUCAUCAAGGCGGUGCUGCCUGUGGCAGAGAGCUUUGGUUUUGCUGAUGAAAUCAGGAAGAGAACAAGUGGCCUGGCCAGUCCGCAGCUGGUGUUCAGUCACUGGGAGGUCAUUUCGGAUGAUCCGUUUUGGGUACCAACCACAGAGGAGGAGUAUUUGCAUUUUGGGGAAAAGGCAGACUCUGAGAACCAGGCCCGCAAGUAUAUGAAUGCUGUGAGAAAGCGGAAGGGGCUUUAUGUAGACGAGAAAAUUGUGGAGCAUGGUGAGAAGCAAAGAACCCUUGGCAGAAACAAAUAAUGGCCUCCGCUUCUCAGUUUUCUCAGAAUAUCAGUUGAAUUGGGGGAUCAUCAUGACCUGGCUGGCAGUGGAUUUGGAG